AUGUUUAUUGCUCGGUCAGAAUACGGUGACACCUUCUCACCGGAAGGACGUCUGUUCCAGGUUGAAUAUUCAUUGGAGGCGAUCAAACUAGGAUCAACAGCAAUCGGAGUAGCUACAGGUGGAGGUGUGGUCUUAGGCGUCGAAAAGCGAGUCACGUCUACCCUUCUCGAAACCUCAUCCGUCGAAAAGAUUGUCGAAAUCGACCGCCACAUCGGUUGCGCCAUGUCCGGACUCCAAGCUGAUGCACGAUCGAUGGUAGAGCACGCUCGGGUAGAGUCUCAAAACCACGCAUUCCAUUACAAUGAGCCUUUGAGAGUUGAGAGCUGUACGCAGGCUAUUUGUGAUCUGGCACUGAGAUUCGGUGAGGGUGCUGACGGCGAGGAGAGCAUUAUGAGUAGACCAUUUGGUGUUGCUCUGCUAAUUGCGGGUUAUGAUGAGGAUGGACCACAGUUGUACCAUGCAGAGCCAAGUGGGACCUUUUACAGAUAUGAUGCGAAGGCUAUUGGAUCAGGCUCGGAGGGCGCCCAGGCUGAAUUGCAGAAUGAGUUUCACAAGUCUCUUACCAUCGAGGAAGCCGAGACACUGGUUCUGAAGACUUUGAAGCAAGUGAUGGAAGAGAAGCUCGACUCGAAGAACGUCCAAUUGGCGAGCGUGACCAAGGAGAAGGGUUUCCGGAUCUACACAGAUGAGGAGAUGGCCGCAGUUGUUGAGAGAUUACCGGCAAACUGAGAGGAUGAUACCUGUAUUGCAAAGACAGGCUUGUAAACCUACGGAGUUAGGAGGAAAAAUGAAGUCAACUUAGAGACGAAAAUUGGCAUUGCACAGCUUGGGAAGAUCUCUUAAUGACCAAAGUCCCAGAUUCCACUUGAUUGUGAGUAUAGCCCCAGCCAACCGGCCAAAAUGCAUCAACUUUUGCCACCUCUGAGAUUAUUUACAUUGGACGUGGUUGGCUCUCAUCAACAUCCAGGUCCAAGUUCUCGAAGUCCUCCUGGAUGCUAAGUACUCCCAAGGCAUAGUGCACUCGAU